GAUUUGAUUAUUAGUAACCGACCGAUGCACCCUAGCUCUUCCUUUUUGCCGGCUAAGGUCACUCUCCACUUUCCGCUUCUUAAUAUUUUUGUGAAAUUCCUUCUCUCUUCUCUCUGAGUUUCUACAAUAUAGCAGUAAAGAUGAUGGGAUACGAGAAUCAGACUUGCGAAGAGUCCCACCUUUAUCCAUCAAAAGAAGAGAUGGAAUCUCUGGUCCUCAACGACGAUUCCUCUAAUGGCGCUCAUCGUUUCUCCGAUCCACUUUCCUCCUCAUCUCUUCCCUUCGCUGAAAUCCCCACUGACCAAAGUCAAACCCCUAACUCUUCCUUUAAUUCCAUCCUCGAACCUCCUUCUUACGCUGACGCUAUUUUCAGAUCCUUCGACGCUGAUCACUCCUCUCCCGAAGUCAAUGGCGGCCAUGAUCACUCUAUCGUUUCUCCUUCCUCAUCUCCCUCCUCCUCCUCCGAGUUUUUGAGUAUAAGUGUUUUGGAUCCGCAGAAAGAGCAAGAGCUGUCCAAUUCUCUCGUUCCAGGGGGGACUACUUAUGUCACAUACCUAAUUACUACCAGAACGAAUUUACCCGAGUUUGACGGAACUGAAUUUAGCGUUCGGAGGAGAUUUAGAGAUGUGGUGACUUUGUCCGACCGAUUAGCUGAAUCGUAUAGAGGUUUUUUCAUUCCGUUAAGGCCGGACAAGAGUGUCGUUGAGAGUCAGGUGAUGCAGAAACAGGAGUUUGUGGAACAGAGGAGAGCAGCACUGGAGAAGUACCUGAGGAGAUUAGCUGCCCAUCCUGUGAUUAGGAGAAGUGAGGAGCUAAGAAUGUUUUUGGAGGCUCACAGGAAGCUUCCGCUUGUAAGAACCGCAGAUGUGGCGUCCAGGAUGUUGGAUGGGGCAGUACAGUUACCCAAGCAGAUCUUUGGUGAGACAGCAGGGGGAAUGGUGGAUGCCAAUGAGGUGGCUCAGCCUACCAAGGGAGGUAGGGACCUGUUGAGAAUAUUUAAGGAGUUGAAACAAUCUGUGGCUAAUGAUUGGGGUGGUGUGAAGCCACCUGCUGUGGAGGAGGACAAGGAGUUAUUGGAAAAGAAGCAGAAGUUGCAGGAUUUCGAGCAGCAGCUCAGCAAUGUGUCUCAGCAGGCUGAAGCACUUGUAAAAGCUCAGCAGGAUAUUGGAGAAACCAUGGGGCAAAUGGGCCUAGCUUUUGUCAAGUUAACAAAGUUUGAGACAGAGCAAGCAGUUAAUGAUUCACAAAGAUUAAGGGCUGCAGAUAUGAAGAAUGUAGCAACUGCUUCCGUUAAGGCAAGCAGACUAUACAGGGAGCUAAAUGCACAAACGGUCAAACAUUUGGAUAAGCUCCAUGAAUACCUUGGAGUGAUGUUAGCUGUGAACAAUGCAUUUUCCGAUAGGUCAAGUGCUCUUUUGACUGUACAGACAUUGUUGUCUGAACUGUCAUCACUAAAGUUGAGGAUCGAAAAACUUGAAGCUGCUUCAUCUAAGAUAUUUGGUGGGGACAGGUCCAGAAUUCGCAAAAUAGAAGAGCUCAGGGAAACUUAUAGGGUAACUGAAGAUGCCAAAAGUUCUGCUGUGAGGGAAUACGAGCGGAUCAAGGAAAACAACAAGAAUGAGCAUGAGAGAUUUGAGAAGGAAAGACAUGACGACUUCUUGGGAAUGUUGCGAGGAUUUAUAGUCAAUCAGUGCACAGAGUGAACAUCGCAGAGGAACAUUACAUAGCUUUAACUCUGUUAAACUCAAGGUUUAAUGAUGCAUAACUGAUGGACACUUGGUGUUAAGAGUAUCGUGCUAUAUGCAAACUAGGAUUGAAUGGCACAUCACCAUUUUAACAGUUUUAUGUGGUCUUGCACUGUUGAUCAAUGGAGUUGCUUCUGAUGUUUAGUCUAGUUUGCAGUAAAAUAAGGCUUUGAGGAUGUUGACCCGUUCUUUUAAUUUCUUUUGCAAGCUUCAUAGAACUACUUGAAGUACAUUAUUAAGCCAUAUUGUUAAACUGGAUGGUGAAAGAUUCAUUAUGUAGCACGGGAUUUGAUAACAGAACUUAGACCCUUAAAGCUGGCCCCACACUAGAUGCGAGAGAGAGGGUAUACAUAUUGGGAAUUAGUUGUUUUUGCCAUCUGUGGGGAAAAGUUGAAAAGAAAUGUUUAUAACAAUGAUUACUUGGUAAUCGGGCAAUAUACAUUAUCAAAUUCAACUCAAAACAAA